AUGGAGGACAUGCUGUUUGACUUUGACCAAGAUGCAGCUACAGACUUUGCCUUCUGGGGCCAAAUGGACCCCAACUUUCAGUUUCAGUCACAGCUUGACUCAUUUCUGUUUGAUGGCACAACAGUGACAGAUGAACUUUCUCCAUGGUCCUCCAUCGGGUGUCAGUCUGGGUUCCCCGAAGCACAGCUUGCUUUCCCAGAGCUGGAGUCUCACUCCCCACAGACUGAGCUGGACUGCGGGGCUGCAGAGGCAGAGCAAGAAGAGCAGAAGCGGGGUAAGCUCAGGCCACGCCGCCUUGCCUCCAACCAUCACGCACAUCACCAGCAUCAUCACCAACAUCAGCACCAGCACCAGCUUCAGCACCACCCAUACCGCGUCCAGCGUCAUGCUGCCAACAUCCGCGAGCGCAAGCGCAUGCUCAGCAUCAACUCUGCGUUCGAGGAGCUGCGCUGUCACGUGCCAACAUUCCCCUACGAGAAGCGGCUGUCCAAGAUCGACACUCUGAGACUGGCCAUAGCGUACAUCGCUUUGCUCAGAGAGAUCCUUGUGUCUGGCUGCGACCCCAAGGCUUACGUAGAUGAGUGCAUGAAGAAUGGCUACAAAAAUCAAACCGAUGCCAUCUGGAACACAAGUGGUAAAGCUUAA